AUGAAUCAUACCACCAUCUAUAAGGGUAUCAGGCUGGUGACAUCACAGGCGGAUAAACAAUUUGUUGAGGCAAGACUUGGGGAUUCGCUUAGUAGUGCUCCUUCUUGCUCGUGGUCUUCAACCGCACCCCAGGAAUUAGAAGGAGCUCCUAAAGAAACACUUUCUGCUAAUGCCGUGUCUGCUUUCAUAUCAAUAGUCAUAAUGCCUCAGCAUGUGGAGGGGGAAAAGCUAGAUCGUACUGCUCUAGAUCAAGCUAAGCCAUUGGAGAAAACAAUACCCAUGAACAACAAGUCAUUUAAACGGCUAGUAAGUUUCUAA